UCUGUCUCUCUCUCUCUCUCUUUCUAUGCAUUAAUCUUCACAGACCUUUGGCCAUGCAGCUAUACUGUUUUCUUUCCAACUAAGCGCCUUUUCCCACCAACGCUGCAAACCAAAACAUGCCAUGUAUCCAGAGAAACUGGGUGGCAAACGUGUCCUUUUGGGUCCACUUCUUUAAUAUCCUGGCGUUGGGCUAUGGUAGAAAUUCUCCACCGGGCCGUUUUGUCUUUCCUGACAAGAGGCAAGAUCAUUUCGUCAAGACGCUUCAGGAAUACCAAGUGGUCAGCCCAGCAAAAGUCGACGCAGACGGCCAUUUUCUCUCUUACAGUUUACCUCACCAUACCUCAAACGCUAGAAGGAAAAGGGACUUGAGGCGAAAGGACAAGGUGUACUAUAAAAUUAAGCACACAGAAAAAGAUCUCUUUUUUAACUUGACUCUCCAUCAAGGAUUAUUGUCCAAUAGCUAUAUUCUGGAAAGGCGAUACGGGAACUACACCAGGGCAAAGAUUGUGCCACAUACUGGAACGUCGUGUCACUUCAUUGGCACAGUUUUGCGCUCAGAUGCAAGAAAUGGAAUGGCAGUGAUCAGCACAUGCAGUGGACUAACUGGAUAUUUUCAUCUUCCUGAUGGAGAUUACUUCAUUGAGCCAGUGAAGAAAUAUCUGUCCAAAGAGGGGACUUCACAGCCACAUAUCAUCUACAGGACAGACUUCAUUCAGAAGGCUUUACGGGAACGACGGGACACUUGGGAGAAGAACAAACAGACUUGUGGUGUGAACGAAACCUUAAGCUUCUUCAGACAGCAAGAGCUUCGAAGGGAGAAAUGGGAAAGAAACCGCUUGAGAACCAAAGCAACCUCCCGGCGCUCUGUCAGCAGAGAACGAUGGGUGGAGACACUGGUGGUUGCUGACAGCAAGAUGAUAGAAUACCAUGGAAGUGACAAUGUGGAAUCGUAUAUUCUCACUAUCAUAAACAUGGUGUCAGGAUUGUUCCAUGAUCCGAGCAUUGGUAACGCAAUCCAUAUUGUGCUGGUUCGUCUUAUUCUCCUUGAGGAAGAGGAGCAAGGACUGAAAAUAGUUCAUCAUGCAGAUAAGACACUAGCCAGCUUUUGUAAAUGGCAGAAGAGCAUCAACCCCAAAAGUGAUGCCAAUGCGCUGCAUCAUGACGUGGCGGUUCUUCUAACCAGAAAAGACAUUUGCGCUGGCAUGAACCGUCCAUGUGAAACCUUAGGCUUGUCGCAUCUCUCUGGAAUGUGUCAACCUCACCGGAGCUGCAAUAUCAAUGAAGACUCUGGCUUACCUUUGGCAUUCACGAUCGCCCAUGAGCUUGGACACAGUUUUGGUAUCCAGCAUGAUGGCAAGGAGAAUGAUUGUGAGUCCGUGGGAAGACACCCGUACAUCAUGUCCCGGCAGCUACAGUAUGACCCCUCUCCGCUCACUUGGUCACGAUGCAGCAGGGAAUACAUCACCCGGUUCCUUGACCGAGGAUGGGGCUUCUGUCUGGAUGACGUCCCCAAGAAGAAAGACCUGAAGCCGCCGUUCAUUGCGCCUGGUGUGAUCUAUGAUGUGCAGCACCAGUGCCAGUUGCAGUAUGGACCCAAUGCAACAUUCUGUGAUCAAGUCGAUAAUAUUUGCCAGACACUUUGGUGUGCUGUGAAAGGCUCUUGCAGGUCAAAACUGGAUGCUGCAGCAGAUGGAACAAGAUGUGGAGAAAAUAAGUGGUGCUUAUCAGGCGAGUGCAUAACCAUAGGCAAGAGCCCUGAACCAGUGAAUGGUGCCUGGGGAUCAUGGCCAGCGUGGUCACACUGCACCCGGACAUGCGGGGCUGGCAUUCAGGCUGCAGAGAGACAAUGCAAUAAUCCAGAACCACAGUUCGGAGGGAAGUAUUGCACAGGAGAGAGGAAACGCUACCACAUGUGUAACAUCAAACCAUGCCCCAAGGCAAUGCCAAACUUCCGUCAGAUGCAGUGCAGCGAGUUUGAUACGGUCGCCUACAAAAAUGAAUUCUAUCAGUGGAUUCCAAUUUAUAACACAGGUAAUCCCUGUGAACUACAUUGCCGUCCUGCAAACUACCACUUCUCAGAGAAAAUGCUGGAUUCUGUUAUCGAUGGUACGCCUUGCUUUGAAGGAAACAACAGCAGAGACGUCUGUGUUAAUGGCAUGUGUCAGAGUGUCGGCUGUGAUUAUGAGAUAAAUUCCAAUGCAACUGAAGAUCAAUGUGGCGUUUGCGUGGGAGAUGGGACUUCAUGCCAGACUGUGACGAUAACAUUCGAUCAAAGCGAAGGACUAGGAUAUGUGGAUAUUGGCCUAAUUCCAAAAGGCGCAAGAAACAUCAAAGUGGUAGAAAUGGCAGAAGCAGGAAAUUUCCUUGCAUUGAGAAGCAAGGAUCCAGAAAAGUAUUAUCUGAAUGGAGGGUUCAUUAUCCAGUGGAACGGAGACUACAAAGUGGCAGGAACAAUAUUUCAGUACGACCGGAAAGGAGACCUGGAAAACCUCACCGCAGCUGGACCCACGAAUGAAUCGUUGUGGCUGCAGCUGCUUUUCCAGGAGAAUAACCCCGGAAUAAAAUAUGAAUAUACUGUCCGUAAAGAUUGGAACUCUGAGAAUGAAGUGGAGGAGCCAGAAUAUUUUUGGCAAUACAGCAGCUGGACAGGUUGCAGUGUUACGUGUGGGAAGGGCUUCCAACGGCAGAUUGCCCACUGUGUGAAAAAGGGGAACGGUGUGGUGAAAAACUUAUUUUGUGAUCCAGCCACUCAACCCAAUGGAAGGCAAAAGAAAUGCAUUGAAAAGGAUUGUCCACCAAGGUGGUGGGCCGGAGAAUGGCAGAAGUGCUCAACCACCUGCGGCCCAAUGGGAGAGAAGAAACGAACAGUCCUUUGCAUUCAGACAGUGGGGCUUGAUGAGCAGGCCUUGCCUGCAGAGAACUGUCAUCACCUGCUGAAGCCCAAGACCCACCUUUCGUGCAACAGAGACAUCUUGUGCCCCUCUGACUGGACAGUAAGCAACUGGACUGAGUGUACAGUGACCUGUGGUGGAGGGAUACGUAUGCGUAAUGUGACAUGUACCAAAAACAACGGGGAGCCGUGUAACGUUUCAAAGAAACCACAUUCUAAAGCUCUGUGUGGGCUCCAGCAGUGCCCACCCAACAGAAGACUGCAGAUCCCCCUUUUCAAAAUGCAUGACAGAAAGACAAUCAGAACAGGAGCCAACCCCAGAAGAGGCCCCAUAGACAAGCCACCCAUCCCAAAACCCAGCCAAAGAAUCAUGACACCAACAGUUCCCGAGCCCAGAUAUAUUACACUGAUGCCCACGUCCUUUAACCCUGUGAACUUUUCUAAAGAAGACAACUCGGAAGCAAAAAUAUUGCAGAGUAAUUCCAGCAGCUUGAGCGUUCCCAACAAUUAUUCUUUUUUAUUUAGUGGCGUCAGUCAUCAGCAAAAUAGCACUCCAUGGCCUGUUACAAAUCAUUCAAGUGUUCCACAUUUUAAAAAUGUGGAGAACGCAUCCAUAGAAUUGUACAACUCCUCAAAAGAUGGACUCAUACAUUGGACUUCUUUUACAGUUAGCCCUAUGUCUUUGACUGUAACUCCAAGCUAUAACUAUUCAACAGCCAUAGUUCAUACAGUGUCUAACAAGACUGGUGAAGGAAUGACAGACAGAUCCCAGGGUGAGCUGCUGACAAGAUAUCCCCCUACUAUGUCUGGGAAGUUUUCAGAAAUCUCACCAACAGUAUACCAUCAUGGUACACCUAUCCAGGUUUCUGUUGAUCCCUUUGCAGGAACAACUAUCUCUUUGACAACAGUCCAGGAGUUCCAUGUACAAACAAGUACACCAGCAACAGCAGGUCCUGUUUUGGUACACCCACCACAGUCAAAUGAAACAUCAGGAGGCAGGUCUUCUAACAGAAUAGAACUGAAACCAUCUGCCAAUAAAGCACCUGUGCAGUCCACAGAAAAUCCAUUUUUGUGGAGCAAGAACGUACCGAAGAACGAAACCUCCAUGGAAAUGUUGCCGAAUGCCUCCAACUAUCCAGAAGAGUCCAAGGAUUUGCAUACUGAUGCCUAUUGGAUGGUAGGGAACUGGAGUGAUUGUUCCACCACAUGCGGUGUGGGGGCUUUCUGGAGAACUGUGGAAUGCAGCACCAAGAACGAGUCCGACUGCCAGCACAUUCAGAAACCUGAUCCAGCCCGAAGGUGCUAUCUCCCUCCCUGUGCCCAGUGGAAAGCUGGAGAAUGGAGCAAAUGCUCCUCUAGUUGCGGCAGGGGCUUCAAGACCCGUGCAGCGUAUUGCAUAGACGUUCGUGACAACAGAGCUCUGGGGCCAUUUCACUGCCAGUUAAAAGGACGCAAGCCACCCCUGAACAUUAGCUGCAAUGCAGAGCCCUGUUUGGAAUGGCGUGCAGAAGCAUGGAAUGAGUGCUCUGCUUCAUGUGGAGGAGGCAUUCAACAGAGAGCAGUGCAGUGCGUCAGUGUGGAAGACAAUGCACCUAAGGACAUGAGCAUGUGCGAACAUCACUCUAAGCCGCUAGACUCUCAGAAGUGCAACCUACAAGAAUGCUUGGAAACGACAAGUUCCCCUUGCAGUAAAGACAAACUGUCGCCAACUUUCUGCGAGAGACUGCGGGCUCUUGGCAAAUGUCCCACACCGUCUGUGAAACAUCAGUGUUGUGCCACUUGCCAGAGAUCCUGGGCUGGUCACAAAGCAAGAUCAUGAGUCGGCUGCACCUUAAACCAUGACAUG